AUGCACCGAUCGUUUACAGUGUUAUCAAAAUAUCUAAGAACCAUUUCUUCAAAUGGCACAUUCUCAUCAUCUUCUUCUUCUUCUUCACUACAACACCAAUUCCAUUCUUCUUCUUCUUCUCCAAUCGGUUCUCCAACCAGAGUCCAGAAACUCAUUGCUUCCCAAUCAGACCCUCUCCUCGCCAAAGAAAUCUUCGAUUACGCUUCUCUCCAACCCAAUUUCCGCCACAAUUACUCCACCUACCUCAUUCUCAUUCUCAAAUUCGGUCGCUCCAAACACUUCUCUCUCCUCGACCAUCUCCUCCGUCGCCUCAAAUCCGAAUCCCAACCCAUUACCCCCACCCUCUUCUCUUACCUAAUCAAAAUCUACGGCGAAGCCAAUUUACCUGACAAAGCCCUCAACACUUUCUACACCAUGCUUCAAUUCAAUAUCAAACCUUUAACCAAACACCUUAACCGCAUUCUUGAAAUUCUCGUUUCUCGCCGGAAUUACGUUCGACCCGCUUUCGAUCUCUUUAAAGAUGCUCAUAGACAUGGCGUUGUUCCUGAUACUAGGUCGUAUAACAUUCUCAUGCGGGCUUUUUGUUUUAUCGGUGAUAUCAGUAUUGCAUACACACUGUUUAACAAAAUGUUUAAGAGAGAUGUUGUUCCUGAUGUUGAGUCUUAUAGGAUUUUGAUGCAGGCUUUGUGUAGGAAGAGUCAAGUUAAUGGAGCUGUUGAUCUUUUGGAGGAUAUGUUGAAUAAAGGGUUUGUUCCUGAUUCUUUGACUUAUACUACUUUGUUGAAUAGUUUGUGUAGGAAGAAGAAGCUUAGGGAAGCUUAUAAGCUUCUUUGUAGGAUGAAGGUUAAAGGGUGUAAUCCUGAUAUAGUUCAUUACAAUACGGUUAUAUUAGGGUUUUGUAGAGAAGGGCGAGCUCGCGAUGCUUGUAAGGUUAUCGAUGAUAUGCGGGCGAAUGGGUGUUUGCCGAAUUUGGUUUCUUAUAGGACUUUGGUAAAUGGUUUGUGUCAUUUGGGAAUGUUUGAUGAGGCAAAGGAGUAUGUGGAGGAAAUGCUUUCCAAAGGUUUUUCUCCGCACUUUGCUGUCAUCCAUGCUUUAGUGAGUGGUUUUUGCAAUGUUGGUAGGGUUGAGGAAGCAUGCGGAGUUCUCACGAAUUCGCUAGAGCACGGGGAAGCUCCUCAUAAGGAUAGUUGGAUGAUUGUAGUACCUCAAAUAUGUGAUACGGAGGAGGAUGGUGUGAAAAUUGGUGGUGUUUUGGAGGAAGUUCUUAAGAUUGAAAUCAAAGGGGAUACUAGAAUUGUGGAUGCUGGCAUUGGUUUGGAAGACUACUUGAUUAGGAAGAUACGGGCUAAGGCGAGGCAGUUUUAA